AUGGAUUCAUAGUAAAACUAAUAAAGUUAAUAGCAUAAUAGCGGUGAUAAUUCUUCAGCUAAUUAACAUCAUGAAGAUAUUGUUAUUGAUUAAGAGCUGUAUAAACAGUAAUUAGAAUUUAUUAAAAAAGAAGCUGAAGGAGACUCACCUUUGAUUGGCGAUCUUUAGUCUUUAGAUGUUCUUGAAAAAGAAUUUGAGAAUAACAUGGCUUUCUUAUAAAAAAUAUUCAUAUUAAAAGAUACAUACCCUCAAGUUAGGAGAGUAAGAAGAGAUGGAAGCUGCUUUUACCGUUCCUACCUAUUUUAGAUUUUUGAGCACAUUGUUAGCUUUAAAGAUACUGACUUAUAAAACAAAAUAAUAGAAAUUAUUAAGUAGUCUAAAGAAGACUUAAAAAAGGUCGGAUAUGAAGAAAUGGUUUUAGACGAUUUUUAUGAUCCUAUGAUAGAAAAAUUAGAAUUACUAACAAAACCUGAAUUUAGUCAUAAUGAACUAAUGUCAAUCUUCAUUGAGAAAUACAUUUCUGAUUCACUUGUUAUGUAUCUUAGAUUUAUGACCUCUGGAUAUUUAAAAAUGAAUGCUGCUCUUUUUGAGAACUACAUUGAUAAUGGUAUGACAAUUGAAAAGUUCUGUGCUUGUGAAGUUGAUCCAAUUGACAAAGAAGCUGAUCAGAUACCAAUAAUGGCAUUGAUAAGUUAUCUGAAUGUACCUAUUAAGAUUAUAUACUUAGACUCUAAUAUUAACAAAGUAAACCCAGAUAUCAUCAUCCUUCCUGAAGGAACAGAUGAAAGCAAAGUAUUUGUGACUCUCCUAUAUCGCCCUGGUCAUUAUGAUAUUGUAUAUAGAAAGUGA